AUGCCUACAUUCACGCCAGCUGCUCAGGGCUCGACCGUCCACAGAAGAAUCCGUCGAACCCGUAGACGACGGUCCCACGCUCGACGUUUCCAGCGACAGCCAUCUCCCGCUCCUCCCAGUCGACGCCCGGCGAAGCGAAGACGGCUCCGAGACCAAGAGUCGCUGAACCUACAAGAAUGCUUGUACGAUUGUCAAGACCAGGGUUAUCAUCUGGACGAAGAAGUUUGGGUGGGACACGGCGUCUCGCUUAAUGAUAACCAUUUCUCGCUCCUUGAUCUUGACGUGACCGACCCUACAGCAGUUGUUGAAGGCCCGUAUUCCGGAAUCACAAAUUCGCCGCCGGGCUGCGCAGCCUUGAUGCAUCCUGACCCAGAUUCUUCAGCGAAAGGUCCCGAAACCAAGACGGGAAGAGGUUUGUUCGCGGUGAGGAAGCCGUCUGAAAGGGAUACUGGUGCAGAUACCUCGAGACCUACGUCGCCUGUGCUGCCCUCCAUACCCACGACUCCGGAUGCUGCUCCGCGAGUCAGAUUUCCCGACUCGUAUCCAGGGCCGGUCAGGGAAGAAGACUCUCACCGAUAUCAAUCAGGCUACUUGGAUGGCAUUCAGAUCCCAAGUCCAAUACUAUAUCACACGCAGAGCGGAGAACGGCUUGCGAUAUCCAUAGAACGCGAUUUCCCCCGCUUCGAAUUGGCCUACAGCCAGCCUAGGCCCGAGCCAGACUUUACCAGCUACCGGGUUUCAGGAGACACGGACAGACUGCUGGAAGAUGCAGGGCCGCAACAGUACAUAACUACCCGGCGUGACCAAUAUCCAACGAUGGGAAAUCCAUCCUGGGCUAUGAACAGCACCAAUAACUGGUAUCCAUCAGACCAAUCCGGUCACCCGAAUAUCGGUCAAUUUGUGGUGCCUCGUCCAUGUCGUCCCGGCAUCGGUAAUCUUGCGUGGCCAAGUCUACCAUAUCCCAAUCCACUUCUGGAAGUCUGUCAGACGGGACGAACCGUUGACGAUACUGUGGUGUUUCCAAAGAUUCUACCCUCGGCUUUUGUUGAGGACACCGUUUCUUCCGGUCACAGUGCGAACAAUAUUGUCCAACCUUGGGCAAAUCAAGCUGCCAGUGGUGAUGAGCCUGUCAAGACCAGAGUUACCAUCUCUAGCAUGCUUUGCAACGAAACACACCCAUAUGAGGAGCUCGACCGUGCUAAAGAACAAGCGCUCACUCCCGACGGUCAACAGCUUCCCAGCACCACUUAUGAUGCUGUCAAAUGUCUGAAGAUACACGGUGCAGCACUUUCACUCAAUCCUGACAAUACCACAGAGAAGGUUGCAUAUCAUAAUGCAGGCAACCGUACAGACCUUGUAUCAGCGAAACUCGGUCGGCACCAACUCACUGGGUGGUCUCCGAAAGCCGAUGGUUCUGACAGUGCUCCACAUGUUUCUCGUCUGCUGCAAGCUCGGUUGGAUAGCCAGCAAUCUGAAGAGAAGAAGGUCUCCAAAAUGGCUGAGUGGUUGGAAGGCUUGAGUCAUCCAAUAGACCCGGAAACCCCUGGCGAGUCAUCCAGUCAUGAGGCGUCACGAGCACUCAUGGACCGGCUAUUCGAUAAUGCCGUCCAAAAGGUCAAUGGGGCGGGUCAGACCGAUACUAAACAAGACCCAGCCUUGUCUGCCGUUGGGACUGUUGACAAAAUCACCGAUAGCAAAGACAAUCAAGAUCAUGCCGCCGAAGACGAAGCAGAGGAAGCGUACUAUACCGCCAAUGAGGAUGACAGCGAUGUUGAAAUGGUCAAUGCGGUUCCAAGCGAAGACGGAUGGGCUGAUUGGGAUUGGGAAUGGGACGUCGAUUCUAAUGGCGAGGAAGAGCGGAUUGGCUUGUGUGCCACAGGAUGGGAAGUUUGA